AUGUUUCCCAAAAACAGCAAGCCAAGUGGUCUGGACCUCCUAAUGGCCUUUAACAUUGGCAUUGAGAUGCAAGGUCGCCUGAUGAGAUUUUCCAAUGAAGCCCACAACAUUCCUAAGAGGUUCCAUCCCCCUAGUGUCGUGGGGACACUGGGAAGUGCUGCUGCCUGUGCCCGGCUCCUUUCCCUCGACCAUUCUCAGUGCAGCCAUGCCUUGGCCAUCGCUGCCUCAUUAGCAGGGGCCCCAAUGGCCAAUGCUGCCACUCAGUCCAAGCCUCUGCACAUUGGUAAUGCCUCUCGUUUGGGCCUUGAAGCUGCCCUGCUAGCCUAACGUGGGCUGGAGGCAAGUCCUUUAGUUCUGGAUGGAGUUCCUGGGGUAGCUGGUUUUAGUGCAUUUUAUGAAGACUAUAGCCCAAGGCCGAUGGUGUUGCCCGAAGAGGCAGAGCACACAUUCCUUUUGGAGACACAAGAUAUUGCCUUUAAGCGAUUUCCAGCACACUUGGGCAUGCACUGGGUUGCUGAUGCUGCUGCCCAUGUCCACAAGGCUUUGCUGCAUCUUUCUGAUGGAGUCAUCUCCCCAAACUCAGUGCAGGAAAUCCUACUACGGGUGCCACAUUCAAAGUAUAUAAAUCGGCCCUUCCCAGAGUCAGAGCACCAGGCACGUCAAUCCUUCCAGUUCAAUGCUUGCACCACUCUGCUCGAUGGCCAGGUAACAGUGCAGUCCUUCCAGCCUGAAGCACUACUGAGGCCAGAGCUUCAUGCCCUGCUCUCCCGCGUCCGUGUAGAGCACCCCCAGGACAAUCCAGCCAACUUUGACCGCAUGUAUGGUGAAGUGCAGGUCACUUUAGUGAAUGGCAUUGUGUUACAAGGUCAUUGUGACACCUUCUAUGGCCAUUGGAGGAAGCCACUGAGUGAUGAGAGCCUGCAGAAAAAGUUCCGCAAUAAUGCAAGUGUAGUGCUGCCACCAGAGAAAGUGAAUGGCCUUAUAGAAGCUGUGGAGGGGUUGGAGUUUCUGUCUAACUGCGAACCACUGCUAGCUCAGCUGCAGUAA